AUAAUGAGAGAAAAAUAAGAAAUAAAAAAGAAAAAAGAGAGAGAAAAUACGAAACGUAGGAGGGAUAGAAAGAAAGAAAUAGUGAAGAUGAAGAAGCAAAGGGAGAAGAGCCCUCAAUUUUGAAGCCUUCUUAAUUUUUUUUGUUUUGCCCCAUUUCCCUUGAACACGCUCACUACGCGAAGAAUACAGUUCCUCUCUCUCUCUCUCUCUGGUUGAUUUUCUCGAAGCUUUACGUCUCCAGCACGGUCUCUGUUUUCCAUUUCUUGUUUAAUUCUCUCUUUCUCUUUGUGAUCCGGAGCGGAGGAAGAUUGGUGGAGUAUUUCUUUGAACCUAUUAUCCUAUCCGGAUCGACAAUUUUCAGGUAUCUCUGGGAUAAUAUGGCUGAGGAAAAAGCCGCUGGAGAAGGUGAAAAGAAGGAUACUGUUGCGGAUGUUACCGGAAAGAAGAAAUCCCGGGGGUUUUUCUCGCGGCUUUGGAAUGGUAUCUUCCGAGUACGCGGUGAUGAUUUCGAGAAGAGGCUUCAACACAUUUCUAAGGAAGAAGCCGCUGUGCUUGCUAGGUUGAAGCGUAGAUCCCUAACCUGGCGGCGAAUGGCCAGAAAUCUUAUCAUAUUUUCUGUCGUUUUUGAGAUUAUUGCAGUUUGUUAUGCUAUUAUAACUACAAGAACUGUAGAUAUGAACUGGAAGAUGAGAGCCUUCAGAGUUUUACCGAUGUUUCUUUUGCCUGCAUUAUCUACUCUGGCCUAUACGACUUUUCUAAGCUUCACAAGAAUGUGUGACCGGAAGGACCAAAAAACCCUUGAAAGGCUGCGAGCUGAGAGGCAAGCUAAAAUUGAUGAACUUAAGGAGAAAACAAAUUAUUACAUUACUCAACAGCUCAUCCAGAGAUAUGACCCUGACCCUGCUGCAAAGGCAGCUGCUGCAACUGUAUUAGCUUCCAAGUUGGGAGCAGAUUCGGGCUUGAAAGUUCGUUUGGGCGAUGAAUCCAACCCUAAUGUUCCAUCAGGGAAGAGCAAUGAUGUUGAAUUUGUACAAGCUGGUGGUGGGCUUCGGAACAGAAAACAAGGUCACUCCCGUUCCAGCAGUGCAGGUAGUGCUUCAUUGCAUCAUCCUGAUGAAGAUGCACGUCGCUCUGCAGUAUCUGAAGGUCCUCAUGCUUCUGAGCAUAAUCAGUUGGUCGUCGAUCAUUACAAUCCCCAAGGACCAGCUGUUAAUGAUGGAGGAUGGCUAGCUCGAAUUGCCGCAUUGCUCGUGGGAGAGGAUCCAACACAAUCUUAUGCACUCAUCUGUGGCAACUGCCAUAUGCACAAUGGGCUUGUCAAGAAGGAAGAUUUCCCAUUCAUUACUUACUACUGCCCACAUUGUCAUGCCUUGAAUCGGUCCAAUCAAUCAGAGGAACAAGUUUCUGGCCAUGGUAGUCCAGAUUCUGGUUCUAUAAGAGCUAGAAGCACUAGUGAUCCUGUAGUACUCUCCACUAAUGUCGACACGGAAACAAUUUCUGAGAUUCAGGAGACCGUCAAAAAAAUGGAAUCUGAAAACUUAGUCAGCGAAGAAGAAAAGGUACGCACAGCUGAAAUGACGUAAUUAUAAUACACCAUGGAACUCGAGUUUGAUCAUUGCUUGGGCUUGUUAUCCCUUGUUCAUAUAGUGGGCGUUAUUGAGCAACACAUUGUUUUCAUAGUUUGCUCCAUGCUUGGUGUUGUAAAAGCUGGCUGGCACUGUUAAGGUGAGUAACAUUUCCUUCCUUUGUUCAUUUUAUAUUUUGCCUUUUUCCUCCUUAGAGUUGAUGGUGUAUACAUAGAUUACAUGGAUUUUGUUGUAAACAUGUAAAACUGUUGAGUUUUGACUUUUAAUGGAAGUGUUUAAAAGAUCAUACUUCUCCUCCU